UUAUGGUCACGUGAUAACAACACUGUCGUCAAUGUAAAAACCGUCACCUACCGUUUAUUACUAGGGAGAUAAAAACGAUGCUCUACAUUGACAGCUAGUUUACUGUAUUACACGAUGUAUUAGAUAUACCAGAAAUGUGUAGAUGUUCUUACUUACCAAAAAAAAAAAAACAUUUGGUUGAAAAAGCCAGGCGUUUUAAUCAACAAGAGAGUUUAGCUAACGUUAACCUUCUUCUGUAAUUGACCAUGGAUCAAUAUAGUAUUUUGGGUAGAAUAGGAGAAGGAGCCCAUGGCAUUGUUUUCAAAGCAAAACAUAUCGAGACUGGAGAGACUGUGGCUCUGAAGAAAGUAGCUCUGAGAAAGUUGGAGGAUGGGAUCCCCAACCAAGCCCUCAGAGAGAUCAAGGCUUUACAGGAGAUUGAAGACAACCAAUAUGUGGUGAAGCUCAAGGACGUGUUUCCCCACGGUACAGGGUUCGUCUUGGUGUUUGAGUACAUGCUCUCUGACCUCUCUGAGGUCAUCAGGAACUCUCAGAGGCCUCUCACCGAGGCACAUGUCAAAGGUUACAUGAUGAUGCUGCUCAAAGGGGUUGCCUUCUGCCACGAGAACUCCAUCAUGCACAGAGAUCUGAAACCAGCCAACCUGCUCAUCAGCUCUACAGGUCAUCUGAAGAUAGCAGACUUUGGCCUGGCCAGACUUUUCAACAACGACGGAGAGCAUCUCUACAGCCAUCAGGUGGCCACCAGGUGGUAUCGAGCACCAGAACUGCUCUAUGGGGCAAGAAAAUACGACGAAGGUGUAGAUCUCUGGGCAGUGGGUUGUAUCUUUGGGGAACUUCUGAAUAACUCCCCUCUGUUCCCUGGAGAGAAUGACAUAGAACAGUUGUGCUGUGUUCUCCGAGUCCUGGGGACACCUAACCAGCGCAUGUGGCCGGAGAUCACAGAGCUGCCUGACUACAAUAAGAUCACUUUUAAGGAGAACCCUGCCAUCCCUCUUGAGGAGAUAGUACCUGAUACCUCACCUCAGGCUGUGGACCUGCUCAACAAGUUCCUGGUCUACCCCUCUAAACAGAGGAUUAGCGCCAGACAGGCCCUGCUCCAUCCCUAUUUGUUCUCUGAGCCGCUGCCGGCCCACCACUCGGAGCUGCCUAUCCCCCAGCACGGAGGGAAACAUUCCCGUCAGCGACUCCAGCCUCCUGUCGAAUUCUCUGUAGAUCUGCCCCUCUCAGAGAGCCUGGUGGACCCUGCUUUGGUCCAGGGACAUGCCUGGUGUCUAUGAUUGACUGGCCCCCAAUGCUUUUCAUAGCCUGGUUGAGAGUAGCACUUAGGCUGGUUUAAUCAGGUUUUUAUGUUUGACUGUCAGAGCCUGGUGGACCCUGCACGGGUACACGGUGUGCAUGACUGUUCUUCAUGUUCAUCCCAGGCUGCUUAAACCAGGGGUGUAUUCACUAAGAAAACCAACCGGGACCGAACGGAACCAAACGGAACCGAACGGGACCAAACGGGACCGAACGGAACCAAACGGGACCAAACGGAACCAAACGGGAUUUGUCCAAUGGAAAACACAUGUUCUCGUUGCAAAUCGUUUUACAUUGCAAAACUGUUUUUGCAACGGUGUGUGACUAAUGAAUACAUCCCAGAAUGUAGCCUGGUGGAUCCUGCUCUGGUCUAAGGACACGCCUAUGACCCACUGUUCUUCCUCGUUUUGAGUCAUCCAUCCUAGCCUGAGUCCAGAUCUGUUUGUGCUGUCUUGCCAUCUCCAUUUGCUGUCAUUGUUAUGGAAGUUGGGAGUUGGCAAGACAGCACAAACAGAUAAGGAACUCAGGCUAUGUUAACUGCACCAUAGAAUAUUGAUAUUGGUAUGUAGAUAAUGCAUGGCUGUGAUGUAGAAAGCCAUGUCAUUUUCUUAAUUUGUGUGUUUGUUGUUCUGCAGGAUUCAGUUGUGUGUGUGUGUGUGUGUGAGAGACGGUAUGGACAGCCUUGCUGACUCAUGGUGCUCAUUGUCGUCGCGUUGACUAUCAUUAAAUAUGAAGACCAAACAUUA